AUGCCUGAGUCAAAGGACCACCCAAUGGAGGAGACAGAGACCUUUGCGUUCCAGGCUGAGAUCGCUCAGUUGAUGUCCCUGAUCAUCAACACCUUCUAUUCCAACAAGGAGAUCUUCCUCAGGGAGCUCAUCUCAAACUCCUCUGAUGCUUUGGACAAAAUCCGCUAUGAGAGCCUUACCGACCCCUCCCAGUUGGAUAUGGGGAAGGAGCUGAAAAUCGAAAUCAUUCCCAACAAAGAUGAGCGCACCCUCACCCUGGUCGACACUGGUAUCGGCAUGACCAAGGCGGACCUGAUUAACAACCUGGGCACCAUCGCCAAGUCUGGAACCAAGGCGUUCAUGGAGGCCCUGCAGGCCGGAGCCGACAUCUCCAUGAUCGGUCAGUUCGGCGUGGGCUUCUACUCGGCCUACCUGGUGGCCGACAAGGUGACGGUCAUCACUAAGCACAACGACGACGAGCAGUACGUGUGGGAGUCGUCGGCCGGGGGCUCGUUCACUGUCAUGGCAGAUAAGAUUAAUGAACCAAUUGGUCGUGGAACCAAGGUUAUUCUGCACCUGAAGGAUGACCAGGUGGAAUAUGUGGAGGAGCGGAGAGUCAAAGAGAUUGUGAAGAAGCACUCGCAGUUUAUCGGCUACCCCAUCACACUCUUUGUUGAGAAGGAGCGCGAUAAGGAGGUGAGCGACGAGGAGGCAGAGGAGGAAGCGGAGGAGAAGAAAGACAACGACGAGGAAGAGCAGGACGAGGAUCAACCAGAAGUGGAGGACAUCGGCGAUGAUGAUGAUGAUGAGCACGACAAGUCCUCUGAGAAGAAAAAGAAGAAAAAGAUCAAGGAGAAGUACAUCGACCAGGAGGAGCUGAACAAGACCAAGCCACUGUGGACUCGUAAUGCCGACGACAUCACCAAUGAGGAGUACGGCGAGUUCUACAAGAGUCUUACGAACGACUGGGAGGAACACCUGGCAGUCAAGCACUUCUCAGUAGAGGGCCAGCUGGAGUUCCGCGCACUGUUAUUUGUGCCUCGCCGUGCUCCUUUUGAUCUCUUUGAGAACAAGAAGAAAAAGAACAACAUCAAGCUAUAUGUGCGCAGGGUCUUCAUCAUGGACAACUGCGAUGAGCUCAUUCCGGAGUACCUCAAUUUCAUCAAGGGUGUGGUUGACUCUGAGGAUCUGCCCCUGAACAUCUCCAGAGAGAUGCUGCAGCAGAGCAAGAUCCUCAAGGUAAUCCGCAAGAACCUUGUCAAGAAGUCCCUGGAACUCUUCACCGAGCUUUCUGAAGACAAGGAAAACUACAAGAAAUGCUAUGAGCAGUUCUCAAAGAACAUCAAGCUUGGCAUCCACGAGGAUUCCCAGAACAGGAAGAAACUAUCCGAGCUGCUGCGAUACUACACUUCCGCUUCUGGAGAGGAGAUGGUUUCUCUGAAGGACUAUGUGAUGCGCAUGAAGGACAAUCAGAAACACAUCUACUACAUCACAGGUGAGACAAAAGACCAGGUGGCCAACUCCGCCUUCGUGGAGCGCCUCCGCAAGGCCGGCUUGGAGGUCAUCUACAUGAUCGAGCCCAUCGACGAGUACUGCAUCCAGCAGCUGAAAGAGUUUGAGGGCAAGAGUCUGGUGUCCGUCACCAAGGAAGGCCUUGAGCUGCCUGAGGAUGAGGAGGAGAAGAAGAAGCAGGAGGAGAAGAAGGCUCAGUUUGAAAACCUGUGCAAGACCAUGAAGGACAUCUUGGAGAAGAAAGUGGAGAAGGUCACAGUUUCCAACCGCCUGGUGUCAUCACCCUGCUGCAUCGUGACCAGCAUGUACGGCUGGACGGCCAACAUGGAGAGGAUCAUGAAGGCCCAGGCGCUGAGGGACAACUCCACCAUGGGCUACAUGGCGGCCAAGAAGCACCUGGAGAUCAACCCCGAGCACGCCAUCGUGGAGACGCUGCGGGUGAAGGCCGAGGCGGACAAGAACGACAAGUCUGUGAAGGAUUUGGUCAUUCUGCUAUUCGAGACGGCGCUGCUGUCAUCGGGCUUCACGCUGGAUGACCCGCAGACGCACUCCAACCGCAUCUACAGGAUGAUCAAGCUGGGUCUCGGCAUCGACGAAGAAGAUCCAACUCCGGACAUCGCUACCGCUCCCGUUGAGGAGAUGCCCCCCCUUGAAGGCGAGGACGAUACCUCCAGGAUGGAGGAAGUGGACUAAACCCGGUCCCCAUACCCGUGAAUAUUUCUCAUUAAUGUUCUACAAAGCUUACUGUUACCACUGGAAGACCCCUUUUUAAUUUUUCUUUUUGGAGUCCGCCCCGCCUUCCUUCUUUAUGUAGUUCUGAUUGUUCAAAACCUGUCCCCUUUUGUAUUUUUUUUUUUUUUUUUAAAUUUAAUUGAUGUUGAAGCAUUCCAUGUGUUUAUGACUUGAACUGUAAAGACGGUGCAAGAAAGGUGAUGGUGUAAAAAGUGGUGGGAUCCUCAAAUAAACGUUUAACAUGAUGAAAA